AUGGCACUUCAAGCUUUCUUCUUUUUUACCUUUUUCUUGUGGAGUGAUAUCAUUACUGGUCAAACACUAAUGCCAAAUAUUACUUCCACUCUAAUUUUUGGUGAUUCCACAAUGGAUACAGGAAAUAACAACUACAUAUUCACUUUAGUCAAAGCAAAUCACCCACCUUAUGGCAAAGAUUAUCCUAAUCAUGUCUCCACAGGGAGAUUUUCAAAUGGAAAAUUAGUGCCAGACAUAUUAGCUUGCUUACUAAAUCUCAAACAAGAUGGUGUUCCUCCAUAUUUACAGCCAAAUUUAUCAACAAAUGAAUUGCUCACGGGAAUUAACUUUGCAUCAGCUGGAUCAGGAUAUGAUGAACUGACCAGUAUAAUUACUAGCACAAUUUCUAUGACUAAACAGUUACGAUAUUUUAAGGAGUAUUUGGAGAAAAUUAAAGGGGUUGUAGGAGAAAUUGAAGCUGAAAGAAUAUUGAAAAGUGCUUUGGUUAUUAUUAGUUGUGGGACUAAUGACUUUAUUUUUAAUUUCUAUGAUGUGCCAACAAGAAGGAUUCAGUUCAGUAUGAGUGAGUACCAAGAUUUUCUGCUGGACAAGCUGCAAUUUUUUGUCAAGGAACUUUAUGAUCUUGGAUGCCGUAUGAUGUUAGUGAAUGGCCUGCCUCCAAUUGGAUGUCUUCCAGUUCAAAUGACAGCAAAAUCUCCACUUCUUGGAACUUGCAUAGAAAAUGAGAAUUCUGAUUCUCAAAUUUAUAAUCAAAAGCUUAAAAAAUUAUUAGUUCAAUUGCAAGCACAACUUGCUGGGAGCAAAAUGUUAUAUGCAGACAGCUACACUCCUCUAUUAGACCUUAUUAACAAUCCACAAGAAUACGGAUUUGUUGAAACAAACAGAGGAUGUUGUGGAAGUGGACUAGUUGAAGCUGGACCCUUGUGUACGAGGUUCUCUCCCGUGUGUUCAAAUACUUCAGAAUACGUAUUUUUUGAUAGCGUUCAUCCAACUGAAGCAGCAUACAUUAAGCUUAUUGAGUGCCUGGUGAAGGACUUUUUCUCACAAUUCUCAAGCAUUCCAAGUCCUUGA